AUGCCCCGUUCGUCCAGCGAUACAGCAACCUCCUCCGGCCCAAACCAACAGCCAUUCUUCCGUGGCAACGUUGGCCCUCCUCUACGCACCUUCACAGACGCCGCCGGCGCACCGGCAGCGCACAUCCGCAUCCUCCCCGCCAUACAACACGACCACCACGAACUAGAAGCCCACGUCCACAAGAUCCUCCAAUCCACAGACCCAGACGAACAAACCCGCUACCAGAACCAAUUCAUCUGGGAACUGGCCCGGCACACCAUAGGCGAGGAACUCGUAGUCUACCCCGCGAUAGCAAAGCACGUUAAAAACGGACAAGCCCUCGCCGACAAGAACCGCUCCGAUCACCAGGAUUUGAAGCAGCAGUUGAAGAAGUUUCAGGGGUUGUCUGCGACAGAUCCAAAGUUUAAGCCGGCGUUGAAGGAGAUCUUGGAGGAUUUGGAGAGACAUAUUGAGCAGGAGGAGGGGCAGGACUUGGUUACGUUGGAGGAGGAGCUUUCUAGGGCGGAGAGCGAGGCGUUGAGCAGGUCGUUGGAUCGGACGAAGCUAUUUGUGCCGUCGAGGUCACAUCCGACGGCGCCGGAUAAACCGCCCUUUGAGACGGCGAUGGGAUUGUUGACGGCGCCGAUUGAUAUGGUUGCUGAUUUGUUUCGGAAGUGGCCUCAACCCGAGAAAGAUGAGGCGAAGGGGAGCAAGACGUCUAUCGUUCAGUAG